UAGGUCUCAAACUGAGGCACCAAAUACCAGAUUUAACCGUGGGUGCCUUCUGCAAAAAAUAUAUAGCAAAACAAGGAAAAUUUUACACAGAAAUCUACUUUUAUUUACAAGUAGGAUGGGUUCACGGGCCCCAAAUUCUUAAUGUGCAUACGCCCCUGCUCUUUCUGCGGUGAAUUCCUCUGCUGAUAUCUUUUCCGGCGAAAUCAAGUUAAUUCGGAAUGUGAAGUAGGCCGCAAUGUUUUGUACAAAGGCGAUAAAUUGAUCUUAGGCCUUUCACAGUCUUUAUGGAGUUAUAGCACAAGUUGUUGACCAAAGUAAUUUAUGGAAUGAUCGUGGAACUGGAACCUCAAGGUGACUUGACCAGUUGAAACAAUUUUUGGACUUCCAUUUUGCAACGGUUAAAUAAUGGAAAGAAGACAUCAGGUUUUCUCUGUAGAUCUUCUUGAAAGAUAUGCCACAAAAGGCCGUGGAGCCAUUACAUGCAUGGCGACCGGCAAUGAUGUCAUAGUUCUGGGAACUAGCAAAGGCUGGGUAAUCAGACAUGACUUUGGAGUGGGUGAUUCUUAUGAUAUAGAUCUUUCUGUUGGCAGGCCUGGGGAACAAUCUGUUCAUAAGGUUUUCGUUGACCCUGGAGGGAGUCACUGUAUUGCCACUGUUAUUGGCAGUAGUGGUGCCGAUACAUAUUAUACUCAUGCUAAAUGGACAAAGCCUCGAAUUUUAAGCAAAUUAAAAGGUCUUGUUGUCAAUGCUGUUGCCUGGAAUAGACAACAUAUAACAGAAGCUUCAACUAGAGAAAUCAUUAUGGGUACGGACAAUGGUCAACUUUAUGAGAUGGCUGUAGAUGUAAAGGAUAAAAUGGAGAAGUACGUAAAGUUACUGUUUGAACUUAAAGAACUACCUGAGGCUUUCACCGGUUUGCAGAUGGAAACAGCAAGUGUGCACAAUGGUACCAGAUUUUAUGUGAUGGCUGUUACACCUACUCGACUUUAUUCGUUCACAGGGAUUGGCUCGCUUGAAGCUGUUUUUGCAAGCUAUGUGGACCGUACAGUUCAUUUCAUGGAACUUCCUGGUGAAAUACCUAAUAGUGAACUGCACUUUUUUAUCAAGCAAAGGAGGGCUGUACACUUCGCAUGGCUUUCUGGAGCAGGAAUCUACCAUGGUGACCUAAAAUUUGGAGUGCAACAUAGUUCGCCAAACGGGGAUGAAAACUUUGUGGAAAACAAAGCUCUUCUGGACUACUCUAAAUUCUCUGAAGGAGUUGAAGGUGUCAAACCUAGCUCUCUGGCUGUAUCCGAGUUUCAUUUCCUACUUCUCAUAGGUAACAAGGUUAAGGUGGUGAACCGGAUAAGUGAACAAAUAGUAGAAGAACUUUAUUUUGAUCAGACACCUGAUGCAGUUUCAAGAGGUAUUUUUGGCUUAUGUAGUGAUGCCUCAGCUGGGUUGUUUUAUGCAUAUGACCAAAAUUCCAUCUUCCAGGUGUCUGUAAAUGAUGAAGGCCGUGACAUGUGGAAAGUGUACUUGGACUUAAAAGAAUAUGCUGCAGCUUUGGCUAAUUGUCGUGAUGCCCUGCAGAGAGACCAAGUUUAUCUGGUUCAGGCUGAAGCUGCUUUUGCUGCCAAGGAGUUCCUCAGAGCUGCAUCAUUCUAUGCAAAAAUUAACUAUGUGUUAUCAUUUGAAGAGAUCUCAUUGAAGUUCAUUAGCAUAGGUGAACAGGAUGCAUUGAGAACAUUUCUCCUGCGGAAGCUUGAUAAUCUUUCAAAGGAUGAAAAGUGCCAAAUAACAAUGAUUUCCACAUGGGCAACUGAAUUAUAUCUUGAUAAGGUUCAUCUCUUUUUGAACUGAGCUUGUUUGAUUAAAAGUUUGUUAUUUUUCUUU